UAGGAAAGAGAGAGACUGAGCUCUAUAAGCCUGCAGUUUUAUUUAUCUGUGUCCUGGUUUUAUUACACCAGCGUCCAAACUCAGUAGAAUGAAUCUAUUUAAAUCUGUUUAGAAUUAAUCUAUUAAUAGAAAUGUAAUGAAUGAGGUCAGCUUCUUACUCGUGUGUUUUCACUAUGAGUAUCAUUUAAGAGCAUGUUAUAGAUCUCAGAAGUUAUAAUUUGAGAAAAAAAUAACAGGAUUGUAUUAUACUUAGUAAAAACUGCACCUAGGAAUUUGAGAAACAUAAAGAUGCUUACAUUUAACUGUUUCAACUUGCUUCUUUAACAGAAAGAACAUGAAGUCCUCUUGGUUAUUUAUAAUACACUUGCUAUGGCUGAAUGGUCACCAGUGUGCACCGACCAGGCAGGAGGAAAUGAAUCUCCGGGAAAACCUGAAGACUUUAUCUGAAGUUGGGGAGAAAUAUGUAGAUGAAGAAGUAAAGAAAGCUUUGAUUGGUAUUAAGCACAUGAAAAUUAUGAUGGAAAGAAAUGAAGAUAAGCACAUAGAUCUGAUGAAAACUUUGAAGAAGAGCAGUGAAGAAAAACAGGAAGCCUUGCGACUUAUGGAUGAAGUAAAGGAAAGAUUAGAAGAAGAAGAAAGACAAUGCCAAGUAUCUUUGAAAAAUUUAUGGGAUGAAUGUGAAUCUUGCUUAGAAAGUACCUGCAUGCGAUUCUAUACGACUUGCAGACGUGGCUUAUCAACAUUUAGAAGCAAGGUUGAAGAUUUUUUGAGGAAAAUACCUCCACUUAUUUUCCCUUUUCAUGAAGAUCAAGGAAAAGACAUCCAGACUAAUGAAAAGCCUGAGAAAGAGGAUACUCAACUAGUAAAAAUGGAAGAUCUAUUUAGCCAACUGUUAUCAGACAUGGGCUCAGUGUUUGACAGAAGUUUCAUAUUUUUCAAACAGAUGCAAAAAGAAUUUGACCAAUCCUUUCAAACAUAUUUCAUGUCUGAUCUGGAUUUGAGUGAAUCCCCCAGCAUGCCUGCUUUACCCGAGGCCACUACCAGAAAUGACGGCUUACAGAAAGACUGGGGUAUACCGGCCUUCCUGCAGACAGUCUUUGAUUUCAGCAAGACAGUGUUUGAAGGUGUCAGUGAGGUGAUUACUGAGGUAUUCGAUGAAUACAAAGAUAAUAGAAGAGAUUUGCCAGAACAAGCCAAAGAUUUUGUUCUAGGUUCUGACAGGGGUGGCAUGUUCUCAAAAAUUGUGUCAGGACGUCAAAGGACUCUGUGCAAAGAGCUUCGAGAGAAUUCCUCUGGAUGCACACAGUUUCAUGAGAGAUGUCAGAAAUGUCAAGACAAUCUUUUGCAUGAUUGCCCCAAUGUUCCUGAACUGCAUAUGAAGUUUGAUGAAGCCUUUAAGCUGGUUAAUCUCUCUGGUGAGCAGUAUGAGCAGAUUCUCCAGAUGGUUCAGCGUCAUACAGAAGACACUUCCUACUUGCUGAACAAAAUGAAAGGAAGAUUUGGGUGGGUGUCUGAGUUAUCCAAUAUGACCAUCGGACCAGAAAAUAUUUUCAAUAUAGUCAAGUUUGCUCUCUUCAAGGUGGUACCUGGAGAUGCCUCUGGUACAAACGAAACCGUGGUAGAUGUGAAUAUUUUGACUUCACCUACUUUCACCAUUAAAGUUCCUCCCCACUUAGACCCAAAGAGUGCUGAAUUCAUCGAAUACAUAGCUGGAAAAGCGCUGCAAUUAUAUAAGCAGAAUUUUUAAGUGGUAAGUUAAUUUUCUCUCUCGCUUCACAGAGAAUGCAGCUCUUCAUAAGAGACGUUUCAUUGCAAUAAACAUUAGUUGGAACAGGAUUCUGUCAUGCUAUAUUCAAGACUGUCUCUUUGGAAACAACGCUUUGAUUGAAAGACAAACACAAGUGUUACAGAAAACAAAAAUAAAUGCUCAGUGUUCUAGCCUGCAAAACACAGACAUUAUGAUAUUAAAAGACUUCACUUAUUUAACUGUGAAAACCCUCAAUCUUUAAGUAACAUCUGGGAUGAGGUAAUUUAAUGACAAAUAUUCCAUCAGAAAAGAAUUGCCUCACAACCACAAUCCAGAGCUUUGGCAUCAGAUACCAUGUCUUUGCAUUCAUUAAUCAAGUAUAAAAUGGAACUACCACUGCUCAUCUUUUUUCUCCUUUAAUUUUAGGUUGUGUUUAAUAGCAUGUUCCAUAUUAUUUUUGACAAAAAAUGGGCUGCAAUGUUGAAUCAACAUCAUGAUUUGAAAGAGCUGUUUUUGCCAUAAAAUUUUCACAUUAUCAAUGCUCUACUCAGAGUAACAGUGUUAACACUGUUAACGAAAUCUUCAAUUAGACUUGUAGGAGUGUUCACAGAAAGAUCUUUCCCAUGGCCUUCUAAAUAUUUUUGUAGGAAGGGUUCAUGGAGAUCCCUCUCCAUGCUUAAGAGACUGGGGAGGGAAGAAACAGGCUGCAAGAAUGAACAAACUUAAUAUUCUCUAAUCUCAUGGAGAAACUCCAGGAAAGGCAGCAGAGUUUUUAAGUGGCAUCAUGUUGCUACUGGUAUCACACUGCUAUGGGGCUAGCCACAAAGUCCCAGGGAAGUCUCCAAGAUGUGCAGAUCUGGUGGACUCCAACGCCCACAAACAGUUCUUCUUUCUCAUGCUUCUUCUUCUUUCUCAUGCUUGAGAAAAGGUGGUAGCACUUAUUUCCAAAUCGCAGUACCAUUUUCUGUUCUGUUUGUGCAACAGAUUUGGGAUACAUGGAAGCAUGACAAAAGGAAAGAACAGGAACUCCACAAAAG